AUGUACCGAAGUUAUAAACCGGAAUCACAAGUACUCAAGUUGUAUAGUAAAGAGCUACCCGACAUGAACUACGCUUCAGACACUCGGAAGCAUUCUGCUUUCCUUGAGAAAUGCGUCUCUAAAGGCAAGUAUUGUUCAUUGGUUCUGAAGUCGACACUCAACGGUGUUUCAGAUGAGGUCUUAGCUGCAAUCACCUAUCAAAUAGUCCCUGCUGAUACACAGUAUGCUGAGAUACCUCUUGCUGCUGUUACAUUCACACACCAGAAAAAGGGUUUUGGUAAACUCAUCUAUGAGGAAUUAAUGAAGAGGCUUCAUAAUGUUGGCAUUCGGACUAUAUACUGUUGGGCAGACAAAGAAUCUGAGGUCUUCUGGGUUAAACAGGGAUUUAUAGCAUUGGCAGAGGUAGACCAGAAGGGAAAAGCAAAGAGGCUACACAUUAAGCCUAACAUUCGAAAAGCCCUGUGUUUCCCCGGGGGUUCCACUCUUAUGCUUUCUCAUCUGAAAAAGGAAUCUCCUGUCAAUCCUGCAAAUCUUGUGGCCGGAGAAUCAGUUAAACUUGGAGAGAGCUUUGGUGAAAGCGUUUAUGUUGACUGUCUCUCUACCAUCAGAAGUCCAACGGACUCAACCACCACAGGAAAGAAACACGAGAAAGUUAUCUCUGACCAAGCUGCCACAGCUGACAGUGAGUCCACACCUGGCUUGAAGAGAUCUUGGGAGGAAGCUUCACUGUCUUCUCUACAAUCCAAAAGGAUCAGGGUAAAACGCAAUAAUGAUGACUCUAACGUAGCUAAAGAGGAUCUUGCUAUAACCUCCAAGCAAUCGAAAUCAACCAAGAAUCCUCUGCCCACAAUCUGCAAAAGAAACAAUGUUGAUAGCUACAGAAUCUUGUUGAUGGACAUUGGAGACGAAAACAAGCGAGAUUGGUUAACAGAGAUAAUAAGAAAACUAGGUGGGGAUGUGACCCUGGAUGGCAACAUGAGCACGCAUAUUGUCACCGGAAAAGUCAGGAAAACUCUUAAUCUCUGCACGGCUCUUUGCUCUGGGGCUUGGAUUGUAUCACCAAGUUGGUUAAAAGAAAGUUUCCGACAAGGCAGAUUUGCUAAUGAAGCCUCCCACAUAUUGCACGAUGAUGACUACCAGUUAAAAUAUGAAACUGAUUUGAAAAGCACAGUUCUCAGAGCAAAAGCUAGACCAAACUCGUUGCUAAAAGGAUAUGACGUGUGCGUUGGACCUCACGUUAAGUUGCCUGUUGACACUUCAUCUGCUAUCAUAAAAUCUGCUGGUGGAAAUGUGAUUAGAGGAUUGGAUGAGGUAAACGAGGCAUCUAAAACGAUAUACAUAGGGUGCGAAGAAGACACAGCUGAGGCUUUGUGCGCAGCAAAGAAGAGGGUCUGGACGUUCAGCAGUGAAUGGUUAAUGAACUGUGUGUUGAAGCAACAACUUGAGCUUCAAGUUACUCAGUUUGUAGAGUCCUUGUAA